AUCGUACAUAAGUCGCAUCGUCUUCUCUUCUGCAGCCCCUCUCCUUCGCCAGAAUUCAUCUGUUCUUCCUUCCAUUCCUACCUCCUCCUCCUCCUCCUCACCGCAGACUUCUUCAGUUCCAGCUGGCCAUCGCCGCCGCCGCCGUCCCCAGAUUUAUCGAACUCUCCACCGGAAACCUAAACAACCCCUAAAUCAGCGCGCCUAAAUUUGUUUUUUGCGCCAUUGGAGUGCAGAAUGAUUUUUCGGCAUUUUCAGACUUCGGAGUAGCAGUGUCGGCGCAAACCGGAAGCUGCUUUCUGGAGUUCGGUUUUCGUUUCAGAAGCGACUUCUCCCUGCGUCUUACCCUGGAAUAAAAAGAGAAUCGAGUUCGUGUGAGUUUCUUCUUCUUCGGCGAUUUCUCGCCCAACUUUUCUGUUUGUUACCAGGAAAAUUAAAUCAAACAGUCUUUGAUCGGACGAUCUUCUUGUUGUUGCUGCAUCCAUGUGCUUUCUGUUGCCUAUCUUUGGCAUUCUUGGCGAUAUCAAUCGAUCAGUUCGAAAGUCCAUUAUUCAUUUGUGAUUCUUGAUUCAGUGUCUUUGCCUUUUAUCCUCUUCUGCAGGAACUUUGGUGAACGAUGAAUUGGACCAAGGGUUCCCACUUGUUUCUCAGGAGUAGUAAUAGGUCUUUGGUUUCUCAAUUCGGUGGGUCUAAUUCGUCCUGUUCAAGUGCUCUAAGUAAAGAUGUUCAAUCUCCGAUGAGGGUGUGUCCAGACUCGGCGUCUCCAUUUAAUUACUCGGCUGCUCGACAUUUACAUUCUGUGAAAGGAGCGAUCGUUGCAAGGAAUGUGUUUGGUAGAUAUGCAAUGCCGCCUGAAACUGGAGGAAACUUCUCCCGUAUGGAAGUAGUAAAACAUGGGGCGGAAGCCAUUUCUUACCGGUUGAAACACGGUGCUGCAGCAAAUAAUAGUCGUUUGAGUAGGAAUUUCCUUGCUGAGCUAUGGGUUUUAGAUAAGAAGGCCGAAAAAUCUGCUAAGAAAAGGUUGCAGAACAAUAAGUAUCGCGGUUUGCGGGUAGAAGACAGAUGCUUUUCACAAAGUUCUGACCAUGAUGGUACAGUAGUUCUAGAACAGCCUCCUCCCAGCCAGCCGUUGUCUGGUUAUCUCAAGCCAACAUCCCCAGAGGAGGCUCAGGUUGCGCCUCUUCUUGCACGGUCCAAUUUACUGAUCACCAGAGAUAUUGAGUGGGCAAAUCUUAUGUUAGGUUUUGAGCAGGAGAAUCGUUAUGCAGUCGUAGAUGUUUGUUACCCCCAAGCACCUGUAGGCCUCAUUCGUGAACAGAGUAACCUGUUAGCUAGGCAGUUUCUUCGUACCAGACGUCCUUUUGUUGCCUUGGUAUCUGAUGCCAUGGCAAAUGAGUUGUUCAGGGUCCGGAGGCCUUUUUGGUGGUUAACUAGCUCAAUAUAUGUAGAGAUCAAUGGCAAGGAGAUCGGCGUGGUUCAUAGACGGUGGCACCUAUGGAGGAGGAUCUAUGACUUGUACCUUGGAAAUAAGCAAUUUGCAGUGGUUGAAAAUCCUGGGCUUUGGAAUUGGACUUUCACUUUGAAAGACAUUGAUGAUCAAGUGCUGGCUCAGAUUGAUCGUGAUUGGAGGGGCUUCGGGUUUGAGAUAUUUACAGAUGCUGGGCAGUACGUGAUACGGUUUGGAAGUCAGGACAUUAACCGUUCUAGUCCGGUUCAAGAACUGGAAGUUGCCCGUCCUCUGAGUCUCUCUGAAAGAGCCAUAACUCUAGCCCUCGCCAUUUCGCUGGACAAUGACUACUUCUCGAGGCAUGGUGGAUGGGGACUGCCAAUCGUUGCAAUGACCGAGUAGCAGCAGCAGCAGCAGCGAUAAUGGUAUAGAUCGUUUACUUGCUUUUGUUCACCUGCUCGACGAAGAUGGGUAAUUACUGAUGCAAUUCUUCUUUGUCUGCAAUGGGAAGACUGAUAAGAGAUUGGAUCGAGUUUGUCCUGCCAUGACACAUAAUUCACUGUUUUUCCUCCAUUAUUUUGUUGACUCUUUCAACGUUCUUCACCAAACGGGUACUUUUGAUCGAGAAAUGUAAAUUUGUAACCUGCAUAUUUGUUUUGUUGUGUAUUUUUAGUAGUUUAGAAAGAAGUAUGCAAAGCUAAAAAAAGAGAGAGACUAGA